GAGACAGACAGGUUCACUACAGUAGAGACAGGGAGAAGAGACAGACAGACAGGUUCCCUACAGUAUAGAGGAGACAGAGAGACACCAGAGAGACAGAAAGAGAGAGACAGAAGAAUUGACCCAGGGGGCGACUCCUCUCCACAUAUUCACCGCGGGACCGCGCGGCUCGCGGACAGGUGAGCUGCGCUUUGCGUGCGUCAGAGAGGACCCAGGAGCAGAGUGCCGCAGACCACCUGAGUUCGCAGAGUUGAGUGGAGAUCAGUAGGAUGUCGGUGGUCGGGACGACGCCCUUCAUCAAACCCAUGACGUCCCCGUCCUCCGUCUCCCCGGGCCAGAGGAGACACACGCUGCCGGCCAGCGAGUUCAGGCCGCUCAACACGCAGGACGCCAUCAGCGUCUUUGAGAUCGAGAGGGAGGCCUUCAUCUCAGUCUCAGGAGAUUGUCCGCUCCACCUGGACGAGGUGCGUCAUUUCCUGACGUUGUGUCCGGAGCUGUCCAUGGGCUGGAUCGAGGAGGGCCGCCUGGUGGCGUUUAUUAUCGGCUCUCUGUGGGACCAGGACCGCCUAACCACGGACGCCCUGACGCUGCACAAGCCGCACGGCUCCACGGUGCACGUCCACGUGUUGGCUGUGCACCGCACCUUCCGGCAGCAGGGCAAGGGCCCCAUCCUGAUGUGGCGUUACCUGCAGUACCUGCGCUGCCUGCCCAGCGUGCGGCGCGCCGUGCUGAUGUGCGAAGACUUCCUGGUGCCCUUCUACCGCAAGUCGGGCUUCAAGGUGCUGGGCCGCUGUGCCAUCACGGUGGCCAACCUGUCCUUCACCGAGAUGUGGUACCCCAUCAGCGGCCACGCCUACAUGAGGCGCAACAGCGAGGCCAUCCGCUUCCCUCAGCUCACCUCGCCGCUGGAGCGGCCCGGGACGGCCGGCGAGCGGACCGACACGUGACCGCCCCCGUACUCGGAGUCAGUCGUCAAAGUGACUUCAUCCGUCGGCUGUCUGAACGGCCGGCGUUCCCCGGUUGUUUCUCCUGAUGGACGGCGGUCUGGAUGAUGUGUAACGCGUGACGCAGACGGCUGGGGGAAGCGGCUCCCCUUCCUGUUCGGUUUCUGUCCCCCCCCCCUGCUUUGCUCUCUCUACUAAGUUGUCUUCUUUCGCUGGAUUGGUGCGUGCUUUCAGUAGUAGUGAAUGCUAUGUAAAUCAUUUCAGUGAGUCUUCUGACAAGGGGAAUGUCUGUCUAUCUAGGAGAUGCUCACAGUCAGCAAGGGGUUAUGGCAGCCUGCCCAAGGAGGCUAAAGCCUCCUAGACUGGAACGUUGGGAGAUGGAACCAAAAUCAACAUUUUGCACUACCUUCUUGUGAUCCCCUGAAAACUUUCUAGGAUAGUACUGUGACUUCUUGGUUAUAUAGAUAUAUGUGGGAAAGGGUAUUGCAGUAUGGCCAAUAGGAUGUCUUAGCAGUUUCCAUGUGUGUGACUGGCUCAUCAUUAUGUUGUGGGCGGGGUCAUGUUAAAAAAAUAUUUUAAGCGUUCCUGAAUCAAUUAUCAACCAGUUGAUAGAAUAUGCUUAUUUUUUCGUCACCCGCUGUAAUGCUUUAUUUCAUGUUGCACUGUCGAAUCAAACUUGAAUGUAUUUAUUUUUUUUACAAUGUAUUUAUUUAACUUUUUUAAAAGAGGCUUUGCUUUGUGCUUUAAUAAAAACAGUUUUAACUAUGA